UGAUAAAGCUUUAUGAAGAUAAGUUGAACAUUUCUGACUAUAUCAUAUAUAAAUACACUGAAGCAGAUUUUGUGUGCAACCUGUUUCACCACAGACUUACACAGCAUGAUAUCACUUGUAUUCAUCUUUGGUCUCCUGCUUGCAGCUGUACAGGCUGCCUCAACAGGAGGGUUUGGUGUUGGUCUUACACCCAAGAAUAUCUAUGUGCCCCUGGUUGAGGGAGCACCAAAGGUUCCAGCACCAAAGAUAGUAAAUGGCUCUCCAGCAGCAAGGGGUCAAUUCCCACAUCAAGUUGCUGUUACUAUAGAUGGUUCAUCUUUCUGUGGCGGUUCCCUCAUUUCUGAGAGCUAUGUGUUAACAGCUGCGCAUUGUGCUCAAGGAUCACAAUUCCAAAUCCUCGUGGGUGGUCAUUCAUUGAGUGCAAGUAAUGAUGGAAGUGUUACUGUUCUGACUUCAUCCAAGGUUGUCCACAGUGGUUACAAUACACAGACUCUGCAAAAUGACAUUGCAGUCCUCAAGUUUCCAAAUCCUGUCACUCUCGGUGAUAACAUCAAGCUUGUAAACUUGCCAUCCUAUUCACAAGCUUCUGAAACAUUUUCAGGCCAAAAUGCCCUAGUCAGUGGAUGGGGCAAGACAUCAGAAAAUGGUGGUGUCAGUGAUACUAUAAAUUUUGUGGAUCUGGACAUCAUAAGCAACAGUGUAUGCUCCUCAUAUUAUGGUAACAUCAUCUUCUCUACUACUAUCUGUGCUAGUGGUUCAGGAGGCAGGAGCACCUGUAAUGGAGACAGUGGUGGAGCUUUGGUAAUCAACAACGGUAACAGCUACCUGCAAAUUGGAGUAGUGAGUUUUGUGUCAAGCCUUGGAUGUGCCAGUGGCUAUCCAUCAGGCUAUGUCCGUGUCACAUCUUACCUGGACUGGAUAAGUGAUCAGACUGGAAUUAAUAUUGCACCUUAAGACGAGCAAGACAUCAGGACUUAAAGGAUGUUGAGUGACAGUGAAUACAUAGAAGAGCACCACAUAUGCUAAUGGAACAAUAACACCAUUAAUAAGUAAUGAUGUUCAACUUCUGCAGUGAAAAGUUUUGUGAUUUCCAGAACAAAGGACACUUUGCUUUACAAAUUUAAUUUCUGUAUAAUUAUGGUCCAUUUACUGAUACAGGUUCAUAAUAAAAUCACAUUACAAUAAAGCAGGAAGUGGUCCAUACGAAUAUUUAAAUUUUUUGUUUGCAAUUUCUUCAAUAACACCAGAGCUACUUGUAAUACUCUGCUCAUACUGACUGACUCGGUGUUCGCUGAACCAGUCACUCAAUUUGGAUGUCAUCUUUGUCUGUAUAAAGAUAGUUUAUUUUCAUGUACUUCCACUAUAAACAUCCUGAAUAAAUGUAACCUGAACAUAA